AUGGAGAGUAUCAAUAUACUACUAAACCUCACAUAUCUGUUUAAUAACUUUCAGCUGGGUGAAAUUGGAACUACUGAGUGUCCAAUAUUGAAAGGAGAAGGACAUCACUUCAUCCAUCUGUGCAAAGAAAACUUAAGGGUUUCAGGUUUUGAUUUAGCAGAAAGCUUCUCUUUGAGGCAGACUUCAUGUGGAGUUGAAAAGCCAUGUUUUAAACUGGGGAAUGCACCUCUUAUCAAAGAUUCUCAGCAAUUGUUUCCAAAUGGGUUCCCUGAGGAAUACUUCUUAACAGCCACAUUCCGUGUCAGAAGAAACAGCAAAAGAGAACGCUGGUAUUUACUGCAGAUUUUAGAUCAGCAUAAUUUGCCACAGGCUUACAUCUCAGUUGAUGGUUUAAAAAAAGCUAUAGAGUAUGUCAUGCAAUCCACCCAGCAGAACUCCAUUCACUAUGUCUUUAAAAGCCGCAAGAUCUAUCCUAUCUUUGACCGUCAAUGGCAUAAGCUUGGCAUCAGUGUACAAUCAAGGAAGAUUUCUCUUUAUGUGGACUGCAGCUUAAUUGAACAAAGGAUGACUGAAGAACAAGCUAGCCCUGACAUUCAAGGGAAGAUUCUCAUUGCUACUCAUUAUUUAGACGGUAAACCUGUAGAUAUUGAACUUGGCCGCAUGAUCUUACACUGCGAUCCAAGCCUUGCUUCUCAGGAGAACUGUUGCGAAUUAUCUGAACAUGUGCAUCCUUUGGAGAAAAGCUUGAAAACUACUGCAGCAUCACCAUCAGUUGGUCACAUUGGUAAAAUACAAGCUCUUCCAAUAAUGGAAAAAAAUCCCAAAGAAAAGUGUUUUUGCUCUCAGAACAAGGGAGAAGCAGGAUUUCAAGGCGUAGCUGGUUUGCCAGGCCAGAAGGGAGAAAAGGGUGAAGAAGGAGCUAAAGGAGAAAAUGGGAUUCCUGGUUUACCUGGAACAAAGGGAGAAGAUGGUCUGAUUGGUGUUCCUGGUGUUCCUGGUACUUCUGGUGAAAAGGGUGAACAUGGCUUGAAAGGGAACAAAGGUGAAGUGGGAGAAAAGGCCAUUUUCUGGUGCUCCGGCACCCGCAAAGACCAAGUGGAUGGAAAACCAGAAGAGCAUCAGGCAAUGGCAUAUGUGCCCACAGAGAGGGCUCUAUGUGCCACCUCUGGCAUCCGGACCAUAGGUAUAGAGGGCUUAAAAGGUGAUGUUGGUGAUUGUGGAAUAGCUGGUGAAAAGGGAGAAAAGGGGCCUCCAGGUGUUGGAGGAUUUCAAUAUUCCUUUAAAGGGCAGAAUUAUCAGAGUCUUCGAGAUGAAAAGGGAUUGAAAGGUGCAAAAGGAGAAAAAGGAGAACCUUCUGAAAAAGGAGAAAAGGGGGAUUCAGGUGAAGUAGGGGAGCCUGGUCUUCCAGGGUCUAUUGGAAAUCCAGGAGCUCCGGGCUUACUAGGAGAACAUGGAGUACCUGGAAAACCAGGGAUUAAAGGAGAAAAGGGAGAUGCUGGUGGAAUUAUAGGCCCGCAGGGGCCUCCAGGUUCUAAAGGUGACCCAGGGCUUCCAGGUUUAAGUCUUCCAGGAAAACCAGGACCAGCUGGCAUUCCUGGGACAAUAGGUCCACGAGGGCCUAAGGGUCUUAAAGGGCCUCCUGGGAUACCAGGAUUCCAAGGACCUAGAGGCCUUCCUGGAUUACCUGGAACCCCUGGAACUCCUGGCAUUGAUGGAGAUCCUGGUCCAAGAGGUCCCCCAGGAAUCCCAGGAAGAGAAGGGUCAAAGGGGAGCAAAGGGGAACGUGGAUUUCCUGGUCUUCUGGGAGAGAAAGGCGAUGAGGGCCUUCAAGGAAUUCCAGGGCUACCUGGUGUGGCAGGACCACCCGGAUCUUCUGGCGCGAUAGGAAGACCUGGACAUCCUGGUUCGCCAGGAACAAAAGGCGAGAAGGGAAAUGAUGGUGCUCCUGGGGCGCCUGGACCGCCGGGUAUGCCAUACACUGAAAGUAGUGGCAUGAGCAGCUUAUAUAAACUACAGGGAAGUUCUGGUUAUGCUGGUCCCCCUGGUCCUCCUGGAAAGCAUGGCACUCCAGGGCCACCGGGAAUCCCUGGAGAACCUGGUGAAAGAGGCCCUGUUGGAGAUGUUGGAUUCCCUGGGCCAGAAGGGCCAUCAGGAAUACCAGUGAGUAAUUCAAAAGAGGUUCUGGGCUUGAAUGGGAAAGAUGGAUUGCCUGGUCCUCAGGGUGAUCAAGGUAUACCAGGAGACAGGGGCCCACAAGGUGAAAGGGGGAAGCCUGGCUUACCAGGAGACCAAGGACCUCUAGGACCUACUGGAUCUGCAGGGCAAAAAGGAAGUUCAGGGCCUCCAGGUCCAAAGGGCCCUCCAGGUGUCCCAGGAAUUCCAGGAAUACUGGCUGAUUCAAUUUCAUUUGAGGAAAUGAAAAAAUAUGUCAGACAGGAGGUUCUUAGAGUUUUUGAAGGAUUCAAACAUCUUCAGAGUUGUGUAAAACUAUACAGUUUGGUCUGCUCUGGAGUUAGAGCAAGUCAGACUGGAAUGAAGAAUAUGAAAGCAAAACUGAAGAAGGGCGGAACACAAAGCUAUAAGAAGAACAAUGGCUUAGAGACUGAGGAAGAGCUCAGAAUGAGAAGAAGCAGAAUGAAAAGAUCAAGCAUUGUUACAGAGGACUAG